GCCUCUGUGAUCAAAGGAGGUCAAAAGGAGAAGGAAAAACAGGAUGGACAGGAUAGUGUGCUGCCAUUCACAACACAAGUGGAGCACUACUCAAGGAGGACGAGUGGACUUCUUGUUUUCUUUCCUGACCAUUUAGAAAAGGUAAUAAAGCAUGUCCAAGGCAGGACAGAGGACACCCUCUACAACUUCUGUCGACUCAGCCGCAAUAGAUGGUAGCAAAGAUGGUUCCCUGUCGGGCUCAGUCUCAGAAGCACCCAAGAAAUCAUCGAAGAAGUCCAAGAAAACCACUGAGAGCAUGAUCAAAGUCUACAACUCGGUGCUCAACAGUGUUUUUGGGGCGGAGAGAGAAUUAGCUCAGGCUGAGUUGGACGAGUUACAAGAGGCCUUCAAAGAGUUUGACUACGAUCAAGAUGGAUACUUGAACUACAAGGAUGUGGCUGAAUGCAUGAGGACCAUGGGAUACAUGCCCACAGAAAUGGAGCUGCUGGAGAUAGUACAACAGAUCAAGAUGAGAAUGGGCGGGUUAAUGGAUUUUGAAGACUUUACUGAGCUAAUGGGACCCAGGAUGAUGGGAGAGACUGCUGACAUGCUGGGACUCAAAGAGCUUCAGUCGGCCUUUGUACAGUUUGACCUUGAUGGAGAUGGAAAGAUCAACCAAGAUGAGAUGAAGGAGGCAAUCAAGUCGAUGCUGGGGGAAAAGCUGAAGAAAGGAGAACUGGAGGAGAUCUUAAAGGAGCUGGACAUUAACGCAGAUGGGAGCAUUGACUUUGAGGAGUUUGUGAUGAUGCUCUCCAUUCGCUAGCUGCUAAAAAGACGCUUCUGAAUCAUUCUAUAGAUGGUUGGACACACACAACUAAAACCCAAUAUUGACAGUACA